AUGGCGCGUCGCGACGAAAAGAAGCGACGAAAGCGAGACGAUUCAGACAGCGAGGAUUCAGAUGAGCGCAGGAGACGGAGCAGGAAGAGCCGGAAAUCCCGUAAAGACAGUGACGAUGACGAUUCUAACGAGGAUGCCUCAGCGUCAGACUCUGACGGUGAUCGCGGCCGCAAUCGCAAACGCCGAAGCCGCGGUAGCCGGAAAAAGAAGCAGCGGGGAGGUGACUCUAGCGAGAGUGACGAUAGCAGUCGGAGCCGAAGCCGCAGCAGGAGCAGAAGCAGGGGACGGAGCAAAAAGGGCAAAAAGGACAAAAAAGAACGGAGAGAGAAGAGCAAGCGGGAUUCGCGCCGGCGACGCCGGGAGCGGUCGGAUUCGGAGGGAUCGGAGAGUUCUGGUGGUAGUAGCGGGAGUGAUAGUAGCGAGGGGAGUCCGUCGCGUGGCGGGAGGGGCGGGAAGAAGGUUUCGGAGGAGGAACUGAGGGAGUUUUUGGCGAAGCGCGCGCAGAAGAAGGCGCAGAAGCUGGCGAAGAAGCUCAAGCUGAACGCGGUGUCGGGUUACACCAACGACAGUAACCCGUUUGGCGACACCAACCUCACUGAGACGUUCGUGUGGCGCAAGAAGAUCGAGAAGGACGUGCUGCGAGGCACGCUGGACCCGCGGGAGAUCACGCUGCAGAAUGAGAGGAAGCGCCUCGAGGCCCGCAUGGAGGAGAUUGAGAAGGUGAAGAAGCGGCGUGAGGAGAGGAUGCUGGAGAAGGCACAGCACGACGAGGAGAUGGCCAUGCUGGCGCGUGAGAGGGCUCGAGCCGAGUUCCAGGACUGGGAAGAGAAGGAAGACGAGUUCCACUUUGAGCAAAGCCGAGUGCGCUCUGAGAUUCGUCUGAGGGAGGGGCGGGCAAAGCCCAUCGACGUGCUGGCGAGGAACCUCACGCUGUCUGGGGACUUUGAUAUUGAGGUCAAUGAGCCGUACAAGAUCUUCAAGGGCCUGACAGUGAAGGAGAUGGAGGAGCUGAAGGAGGACAUCAAGAUGCACCUUGAGUUUGACCGCAACAACCCCAUGCACCAGGAGUUCUGGAAGGCAAUGAUGGUGGUGUGCAAUCACGAGAUAGCGGAGACGACCAGAAGAGACAUCAUUGACCGGGCGAGAGUGAGAGGAGAGGAACCCCCAGAAGACGUCCUAGAGGAAGAGAGGGGGCUGCACUCAGCAGUGGGGGCAGACGUGGCCGAAACUCUUGCCGUGGCGGGCAGCGAGGAACUUUCGCGUAUGGAGGAGCGGAUCGCCGGGCAGAUGGAAUCGGGCAGCGCGAAAGUUGUCGAGUACUGGGAAGCCGUGCUGAAAAAGCUGAAGGUUUUCAAGGCGAAGGCGAGACUGAGGGAGAUUCAUGCGGAUCUGCUGCGGCAGCAUUUGGCUUUGUUGGAAACGGGAGGGGUGGCGAGAGGGGAGGGAGAGGGAGAGGAGGGAGGGGGGGGGGAGGGGAGAGGGGGAGGGAGAGGAGGGGACGGGCAGGGAUGGGAGGAGGAAGAGGAGGAGAUUGGUGGUGGUGGUGGUGGUGCUGCUGCUGCUGCUGGUGGAGGGGGAGGAGGAGAGGAGGGAGAGCCUGGGUCGUUCUCGCCUGAGUUGCUGACUAUGGAAGAAGCAGCUAAGGAGGGGUAUAAGGAGGGAGGAGAGGGAGCAGCAGGAGGGGGAGGAGCGGGCGCAGAGGGAGGGUUUUCACCAGAGCUGAUUCACACGUAUGAGGUGGAUGGGACAGACGUUGUUGACCCUGAGGCGGAUAAGGCAGAACUGCUGAUUCACAUGUAUGAGGUGGAUGGGACAGACGACGUUGACCCAGAGGCAGACAAGAGGGAACUGGUGAGCACUGGGACAGGGGACAGCAUUCCCUCCCUUCUCGUCCUCCUGCUCUCCCCUCAUCAGCAUUCCCUCCCUUCUCGUCCUCCUGCUCUCCCCUCAUCAGCAUUCCCUCCCUUCUCGUCCUCCUGCUCUCCCCUCAUCAGCAUUCCCUCCCUUCUCGUCCUCCUGCUCUCCCCUCAUCAGCAUUCCCUCCCUUCUCGUCCUCCUGCUCUCCCCUCAUCAGCAUUCCCUCCCUUCUCGUCCUCCUGCUCUCCCCUCAUCAGCAUUCCCUCCCUUCUCGUCCUCCUGCUCUCCCCUCAUCAGCAUUCCCUCCCUUCUCGUCCUCCUGCUCUCCCCACAUCAGCAUUCCCUCCCUUCUCGUCCUCCUGCUCUCCCCACAUCAGCAUUCCCUCCCUUCUCGUCCUCCUGCUCUCCCCUCAUCAGGAGCGGAAGAGGGCACAAAUUCAGGCAGACCGGCAGCGCAGCGUCCUGGAAGCUUCUGGCGCUGGUGGUGGUGACGUCAGCGCAGCAGAGAGGGCUCUGGUGGUGAGGGCGCCUGCUGACGUGGCAGCAGCAGGGGAUCGCCAGCUCAGCGCGGCGGAUAAGGCCGCAGCCAAUAAGAUGAUGGGGCAGGAUCCUGGUGACGUGGCGUUUGGUGCAGGGGCCGAGGUGCCUCUUGAAACUCAGGUGUACUGGUGGCACGACAAGUACCGGCCGCGCAAGCCCAAGUAUUUCAAUCGGGUGCACACGGGGUACGAGUGGAACAAGUACAACCAGACGCACUACGACCACGACAACCCGCCGCCCAAGAUCGUGCAGGGCUACAAGUUCAAUAUCUUCUAUCCGGAUUUGAUUGACCGCUCCAAGCCGCCCAGUUACCACAUCGAGAAGGACGGCAGCGAGGACGGCGAGACUUGUCUCAUUCGCUUCCACGCCGGGCCGCCCUAUGAGGACAUUGCAUUCCGCAUAGUGAACAAGGAGUGGGAAUACUCGCACAAGAAGGGCUUUAAGUGCACGUUCGAACGCGGCAUUCUGCACGUCUACAUCAACUUCAAGCGCCAUCGUUACCGCCGAUAG